CCGAGCGCUGACUUGAAGCGCAGCCGCUCGGAGAGCACAGCAGACUGCACCGCUGGACUUUGGGGGUUUUUGGAGCCGUAUGAGCGCGUUCUGAGUUCCUUGCUGGUGAAGACAAGGGGAUUUCGUCUCGACCUGCGGCUCCCCGCCAGCCAACCCGACGAAAAUGAAGCUCAUAUUUUGCGCGGUGGCACUCAUCCUUUUGGUGGGAUCUUCGCACGGAGGCUUCGACUCUGACGAGCCAUGCGCAGGCGAGGACUGCAGCAGAGGGUGCAAGUGCAACCCAGAGAAAGGCAGCCGGGGUCGUCCGGGGCCUCUCGGGCCAGUCGGGCCAAGUGGACCAGAAGGGACACGUGGGGACCUGGGACCUAAAGGGCCUAAAGGGGAAAAGGGACACAUUGGGCUUAAAGGACCAUCUGGGGACAAUGGAGACAAAGGCCCAAUGGGAGUGCCAGGAUUUCAAGGAACUGAUGGAGUUCCUGGUCACCCAGGUCAGCCGGGGGGUAGAGGAUUACCCGGUCUGGACGGCUGUAACGGGACCAGAGGAGAGCCUGGACCGGUCGGCUAUGGGACGGGAUCACCUGGAUCACCUGGAAUCACUGGACUCUCUGGAAGACCUGGGGUGAAGGGUCAGAAAGGAGAACCUCGAUACGUCUCGUUGGAUGGCUCAGGGAGUUACCCAGGCAUUCGGGGGCCCGCCGGUCCAGCUGGCUUCGUAGGUCCGAUUGGUCCAAUUGGUAAUCCUGGCCCGAGAGGACCUGACGGAUACCCUGGUUCACCCGGUCCUCCCGGUCCCCCAGGGCUGAUGGGGAGCCGUAGUGACGGAUAUCUAGGAGAGAAAGGAGACAAGGGCGAUGUGGGCUUGCCCGGUGACCCUGGUCAGCCAAUGAUCAAUGGCAUUGGGGAGUUUGUGGGUUAUCGCAAAGGAGACAAAGGAUUGCAGGGGGACCCUGGCCUGAAGGGCUACAGGGGAAAUGAUGGGACCCCUGGACGACCUGGACCUUUUGGCUAUCCUGGGGAAUUUGGAGAGAAAGGCAUUCCCGGAUACCCCGGUGCAAGAGGUCCUCCGGGUUUUAAUGGACCUCCCGGCUCUGAGGGGCAGCAGGGGUUUAGAGGUGACGCAGGUUACUCAGGCCAACCAGGAUACCAAGGACCCAAGGGAGACCAAGGAGAACCGGGUCCUCCAGGACCUCCAGUCUAUGUGAACGGCCAAGGCGUUUCCGGUAGAGGGCCUCCAGGUGACUACGGCCGCAGUGGCGUUCCAGGUGUCCGUGGUGACCAAGGAUCUCCGGGAUACCCUGGACCUCCAGGCGAACCAGGCGGUUUUGGCGGAGGAUAUGGAGGAGGAUAUGGAGGACUCCCAGGUUUUCCCGGGACCCCCGGCCCGCCGGGAGAGAAGGGUUCUCCAGGUGCUCCAAGCUAUGGCCCUGAAGGACAAUCAGGUUCUCCUGGACCACCCGGACCCCCUGGCCCUCCUGGACCUCAGGGCCCGUCAAGGUAUUCCAAUGAUCCCUGCAAGAUCUAUCCUCUGGACCCCACAGCUGGUCCCGGUCCCGGUUCCGGCUCCAGUAGCCCUGGACUACCCGGGCUUCCUGGCUCCAGAGGAGAAACAGGUUACAGCGGAGGCAGAGGCUUUAGAGGCGACCCUGGCGACUGUAACUGUUUAGGGGGAGGCUCUUCCGGGUAUCCUGGCGGGCGUGGAGGUCCAGGUGCCAACGGGAGCCCUGGCUUCGCGGGACGGAAGGGGGAAACUGGUGACCCGGGUUCACUUGGUUUGAGUGGCGUCCAGGGAGCCAGGGGUGGAGCUGGUCCUAGGGGCGGUUUUGGUCGUAAGGGAGAAAAGGGGGAAGCGUAUUACCCCUACUCUUUCUCGGUGAAAGGAGAGCGUGGAAAUACUGGACUAAGGGGGGCGGCAGGUGAACCAGGAAAACAGGGCAGAGAUGGACUGCCUGGGUUCCCCGGAAACCUAGGACCCCCUGGUGAUGGCGGCUAUGGCACGGGUGGAGAGAAAGGAUUCCAAGGCUUCCCAGGGUCUAAAGGUGCUGCCGGACAGGUCGGCGAGUCCGGCAGGGGUUUCACAGGAACCCCAGGCUUCCGUGGAGAGGCUGGAGAUCCAGGUGUCCCUGGAUUACCAGGGCAGCCGGGUCUACCUGGGCCAAGAGGUGAAAACAGCUGUGGAGGGGUUAAUGACGCCGGAGAGGGAACGGGCACAGUACUGCCGUGUACCAUCCCCGGUGAGGCUGGAGACCCCGGUUAUCCUGGUUUACCUGGAGGACCAGGCCCGAAAGGCCACUCGGGCGCACCUGGAGGCUCUGGCCGCCCAGGGUUUGAUGGUGCCAAAGGAGAGAGGGGAGAUGUCGGUUUUGGAGGCCAACCUGGACCGCAAGGUUUUCCUGGACCCAGAGGAGACCCGGGUGGUCCAGGAAUUCCAGGACGGAGUUUUGAUGGAGGCAGGGGGAAGGACGGCAUUCCAGGGCGCCCUGGACCCAAAGGCCAGGUUGGGGACACUCUUGGAGCCACACCUGGAGCUCCAGGACGGGACGGUGCACCUGGACUGCCUGGAGACAAAGGCGAGCCUGGAACUAAUGGUGGACCCGGAGGCCCUGGUUUGGACGGCCGCAUCGGUGCUCCUGGACGGAGGGGCGAGCGCGGAGUUGACGGUGUCAAUGGUAUUCCCGGUCCUCCCGGACCACCAGGUGACCCGGCCUCAAGCUUUCCUGGUCGGCCUGGAGCUGCUGGCAUCAAAGGACUGAGCGGAUCCCCAGGGUUCCCUGGACGAAAGGGAGACAGAGGAGAUCCAGGUUACACCGGGCGAGAAGGUAUCAAGGGAACCCAAGGACUUCCAGGCACUCCUGGAGGACCAGGGUCAAGGGGACUCCCCGGACCCCCAGGAUCAGGAACCAGAGACGGAAUCCCGGGAAUACCAGGAAGAAAGGGUGAACAAGGCUUUUCAGGAGUGAUGGGUUUCCCUGGACUACCAGGUCGCCCUGGAUCUCCAGGCUUCCCUGGAGGAAAAGGAUUGCCCGGAGGACCCGGGGGAGAAGGAAGACCUGGCGGUUUUGGAUCACCUGGACAAAAAGGCGAAUACGGACUGCCUGGUCUACCCGGCUUGCCUGGAAUUCCGCAACAGGUUGGAAGAGUGGAGAAAGGAGACCCUGGAGACCCUGGGUCCUCAGGUUUCCCGGGCUUCACUGGACCCAGAGGGGACAGGGGUUCGCCUGGUUCACCUGGUCGCCAGGGGCAGCCGGGAUACACUCCUUUCAGUGAACAGAGCAAAGGACAGCCCGGCCCGCCCGGAUAUGCAGGACGUCCCGGAUCCCCAGGCUUUCCUGGGUCAAAGGGGGAAAGAGGAAUCAUGGGAUUCCCUGGCAUAACAGGACCAAGGGGGGAUGAUGGUGGCCCUGGGUACCCUGGCAACCCUGGAGAACCUGGUCGUCCUGGUGGAAAAGGUCCACCUGGCGAAGCUUACACUUAUCCCGGAGCUCCAGGGCCUAAAGGCCAAGCAGGAGAUCCAGGCUUCUCAGCUGGUGGAGGACUUGACGGUGCCCCCGGUGACCCCGGCUUCCCAGGGGGGCCAGGUUUCCCUGGUGCAAAAGGUGCUAUCGGUGAGGGAGGACGGCCCGGAGCAUCAGGCGGUCCUGGUUUCCCUGGGGCAAAAGGCCUGCCUGGAUUCCCAGGAAGACAAGGAACAGAUGGUGGUCCUGGUUUCCCUGGAGGUCCAGGAGGUCCGGGGGCGAAAGGUUUGCCUGGACCAUCUGGUCUGGAUGGACUCAACGGCCUUGGUGGACCUAAAGGUCUCCCAGGAACCCCAGGGGGGAACGCAGGAGGUCGCCCUGGUGUCAAUGGUGCUUUUGGAUUGAAGGGAGAGAGAGGUGUGUCCUACCCUGGAGGCCCAGGCUUUCCUGGACAAAAAGGAGAGAGAGGAAACCCCGGUGCUUCUGGACUCCAAGGUGCCCCUGGCCUGCCAGGACUUCCAGGAACAUCAGUAGGAUCACUCAUCCCUGGACCUGUGGGAGACCCCGGCCUCCCUGGACUGGAUGGAGAAUACGGUUUCCAGGGUCCUCCAGGUGCCGCUGGGCCACCAGGUCUAGGAACAGCGCCGGGAGACAGGGGUGAUUCAGGGCUCCCAGGGUUCCCAGGAUCCCCCGGCCCAAAAGGAGAUCUAGGAUUCUCUGGAGGCCCUGGAGGCCCCGGAGGCCCCGGAUUUAAAGGAGCUCGAGGUGAAACCGGUUACAGCGGAUCUCCUGGUCUUAAAGGCUUUAUUGGCGACCCCGGUUACUAUGGAGGCAAAGGACCAAAAGGAUUCCGAGGGCGCCCUGGACAGAAGGGUCAGCCUGGAGUCCUGUUGCCGACGCGAUUUGAACGCGUCAACCAACCUGGAGACCCGGGUCUUCCUGGUCGAAGUGGAAGCCCUGGUUUUCCUGGAGGGGCCGGUCAGCCUGGCCUACCAGGACGUCCAGGUGAAAAGGGACGUCCCGGCAAUGUGGGUAGCCUAGGCAGGACCGGCGGACCCGGUCUGGAUGGUACUAAUGGUGAAGUUGGACCCCCUGGCUUCCCUGGACCCACUGGAGACCAAGGUCAACCUGGAACAGUCGGCCAACCCGGCAUACCCGGCGGUGCCGGCCGCAGCUCCAGCCUGGGCUACACUCUGGUGAAGCACAGCCAGGGCUCCGACGUGCCCAUGUGUCCUCAGGGCAUGGAUAAGCUGUGGGACGGAUACAGCCUGCUGUACGUGGAGGGACAGGAGAAGGCGCACAACCAAGACCUGGGUACGCCGGGCUCAUGCCUCCCCAGGUUCAGCACCAUCCCCUUCCUCUACUGUUCCCCCAACGAGAUCUGCUACUACGCCAGUCGCAACGACAAGUCCUACUGGCUCUCUACAACCGCACCCAUACCCAUGAUGCCCGUGAACACUGAGCAGAUACGGCCAUACAUCAGCAGGUGUUCGGUUUGUGAGGCUCCGUCUCAGGCCGUGGCCGUCCACAGUCAGGACCUGACGAUUCCCACCUGUCCUCCUGGCUGGAGGAGUCUCUGGAUCGGAUACUCCUUCCUGAUGCACACAGCAGCUGGCAAAGAAGGCGGCGGCCAGUCUUUGGUGUCUCCCGGCUCCUGCCUGGAGGAUUUCCGCGCAACUCCAUUCAUCGAGUGCAACGGGGCCAAGGGCACAUGCCACUACUUUGCCAACAAGUACAGCUUCUGGCUAACCACCGUGGAACCCAGAGAGGAGUUCCUCUACUCCCCGAACAUGGAGACUCUGAAGGGAGGUCAGGAGCGCUCCAAAGUCAGCCGCUGCCAAGUCUGCAGCCGGUUCUUGUAGUAGGUGCAGGGGAGCGUCGAGAGGUCUUACAGUAACGGAUGUUCAAGGCGGUGGACGAGAACGAGAACAUGUGACUGACUGAAAUGAGUCGAGAUCAACCCCUUUUUUUGUCCCAUUUAACGGCUUACCAAAGGAACAAGCUAGAGGGAGAGAAAGGAGGGCGGCCUCAGUGCGGCUGCUCUUCUUCAGAUUAUCACUGACAAUGGUGCUAUUGUUUAUUUUUGUUUUCCAUUUUGUCUCUGCUUUCUCGUUACAGUUUUUGGCGAGGAUCAUUCUCAGUUACCUCAGAGCGUGCCCCCCCCUCCCCCCUUUCAGAAAUUACUUAACUCUCACGGGCUUAAACGUCCACUUCAGAUGAUUCAGUUCAGAAAGCGAAGUCACACGUCGCUGUUGGAUUGUAAGCUCUUAGCAGCAGUGGCGGACGUCGUUCUCUGAACUGGUUUAACUGAAAUGGAUGAAGUCCUCUCCAACCCCGGUUCAGGCUCCCGUUUGCACUUAAAAUAACCUCUUUCUUCUUUGGUGCUACAUAACAAUUUGUAAAGUUACUGGUCAUUUUGAAUGUUUUGCAUGAAUGGAUAUGAUUUGUUAAUUGAUUGAUUUAAUUUCAAACAAGUUUGCAGGCUAUAUAUUGAACAUUCAAUGUAUUUGUACAUAUGUCAGUCAGACUUUGUCAAGCACUUUUCAUUUGAAUUGAAUGGAGCACAAAGUGCUGUACAUGAUUAAAAAAGUUCAAAUAAACACAUUUAUACACUCCAGCCUCACUCCAACCUAUCCCCCGUCGCCAACCUGAAUGAGUGAGACCAUAGACGCAAGAGACUGGGGAAGCAUUGCAGUUUAAAAAAGAUGCAAAUUUCAGAGUACUUUUAUAGUAAUAAAUAAUAGAAUUUAUUUUGAAACCACUAACUUAACUCAAAAAUGUAAAACUAAAAAUAACCCAAAAAACUGAAAAAAAGGUUGGUCUUGAUUUGUCCAGUUUAUAGAGCCGUCCUUCUUCGUAGCGAUAAUGUAACAUGGUGUCACAUUUAUGUCACAUUUAUGUCAGAUGUUAAGCGCGCAAUAAACUAUGUUCACGUGCAAAUUAUAACAAUGUCACAGACAAAUUCGUAAAUCCUUGUUGAGGAAUUGCAGAGAACAGAUCCUUGUUUCUUCCCGGCCACUGGAAGGUUUUUGGACCUUUUUGAUUAAUUAUGAUCUCAAGGUUUUCUCCCUCAAAUCAACUUCUAGCGCAUGUGUAUCUAGAAACUAGUUAUUUCAAAACCAAUGUAGAGAAUACUUGUGUGGACAAUCAGUUACAAUAUUAUCUAUCCAUAAACAUGCAAAACUACCAGUUAACGUGAAUUUUGUUAUUUUUCUUAUUUUAAUCCUAUCACCUCUUUACAUUUCACACUGUGACUCUGGUGCUGCACUUCCGUUACAGUCGAUUUGAAACGUAACAUCUGAGUUCAUCUCCUUCUUAACUACAUGCAAUAAACAAGGCAAAUUAGCACUUUACAUUCAUAUAUCGCAAUCAGAACCUUUGCAAUAGUUAGAGAUAAUAGCAAAUUACUGGCACUGCACUGAUGGGAACCCAUAUACAUUACAAAAACAAUCAAGUCACAGAAGGGGGUAUAUUUGUCUUCUCAAAGGUUUUCACUAUGUUGACACCACUCUAGUAUUUUUAAAUCACUCUUUUUAAGACCAACAGAAAACAGAGCACGUUCAAUCUGAAAUAUUUUUUUUUUCUGUACAUAAGACUUACUGUAUUUCCCAGCAGGACUUGUCAAAGCGAAGAUUUACAGUGCUGUUAGUUUUUUCUAAUCUCUGUAUAUUUUUUCCUCUUUCUGUUUCUUUAUGAUGUACUUGGUUAACGAGGAGAGAAACAAAAAAUAAUUUUUUGCCUUUACCUGUAGACUCUCUUGCAAUGGUGAGCAAUGACCGUGUUUUUGGAGAUAAAACUAUAAUUCUCUACAGUGCUUUUUGGUUUGUAAGUCCAAAUGGUUGGACAGUGAGCGCUACUGCUUUUGUAACCACUAUGAUCAUUGUGUCUAGCUUGUCUUUCUGCUGGUAGCCCUGAUAUUUCACCUUUUUUUAAUUUCCUUUCUUUUUUUUUGUCCAUAUUUUUUAUUUUGUAAUCUAGUUUGUAAUUAUUUUUUCUAUCCUCUUGUAUUAUUUGCUAAAAUGGGAGGGAACAAGAAGAUAAUAAUGUAAACAUAAAAGUGUAUGGUGAAAAAAAAAUGCCUUUAGGAUGUUUGUAUAUGAACAAUAUAUUCAACAUUGAUGAUUUAAGUCAUAACAAAAGAUUUUAUUCUCUGUUUAAGUCAAAUAUUAUAUUCAGCAUCAUCAUCUCAGUGCCAGAAGUGAAUGAAAAGAGAUCCAUGAUCCCUCAGAUUCAUUAGAAGAAGAAAAAAACAUUGUAAUAACAAUUCGGUAAUUGUUAUGUGUAUGGUAUGUCUGUGCUCAAACUCUUUGGAAUAAAGUUUAAAAACUGACUGAGAAA